AUGUUUAAUAUUGUUAAUUCAAAUAGUUUAAUAGAAUCGAACGAAGUUCCUACGUUUCGUGUUGAUGCAGUACAAAAUUUAAGAAAGGCUGAUCUUGCUCCAGUAUCUUACACACCAAAUAUUCUAAAAACUUUACAAAAUAUCAAUUUUAAAUACCAUAGGCCUUGCAGCGCAUCAAAUCUCUUAAGAGAGUGUAAUGUAGCGGAAGCACAAACAUUGUUAAUAUUUUGGGGCUCAAAAAGUUCAGACAGCAGAGUGACUAUAAGUAUGUCUGCUUCCAGUUGCUCUUCGUUUCAUAUGUCAAAUCUACACGCAACAAACUCACAAAGAGACAGGGACUUACGGUCGAUUGCCUUACAAACUGAUAUUAGUUGUCGUUAUUCUCCGGGCAUUGGAUCACCAGUAAAUUUAACCGAGAGUGAGGAACAACGCCUCAUGCGUGCGAGAAUUGCCGAUUCUCUUACUUUCUCAUCCCCUGCCUCGUCAGUCUUACAACCGACGAGGCGAUCUAUGUCCAUACUUGGUUCAGUCUGCGCUUUGCUACUAAAUAAAAGGGGGUCGGAUGCAAAAGAAGUGCCGAGUAUAUCAGGCAGUCACUCUGACAAUAUCUGUCGCAUCUGCUUCGGAGGGGAGUCCGCGGAGCGUCUUGUUAGGCCAUGUUCCUGUCGUGGAACUAUUGCUGCCGUACACCGCUCGUGCCUGGAGCGCUGGCUACUGCAGGCCGCUACGUCCUAUUGCGAGCUGUGUCGCCACCAUUACGUGGUCACACGGAGUCACAAGUGGUCGUGGGCGCGCUCGCUGGCGGAGUGGGCGCGCUCGGGGCGCGGGCGCGCGCUGGCCGCCGACGCGUGGCGCGGCGCGGCGCUGGGCGCGGCCUCGGUGCUGGGCACGGCGCGCGCGCUGCACGCCUGCGACGCGGCGCUGCAGGCCGGCGCGCGGCGCGGGGGCGGCGCCGCGCUCGCCGCGAACCUCUUCUCCUCGCUGCUCAUCGGGAUCAUCGGCGCGCUGAACGGCCUGCUGACGACCUGGGCGCUGCUCAAGGUGCAGGAGCACCAGCUGGCGUGGCGCGCGUGGCGCGACAGCACGCUGCACGUGCGCGUGGCGCUGGGCGCGUCCAGCGCGUCGCUGGCCACCGUCGUGCCCGAGCCCGACCUCGUCCGCGACACUGGCGCCACCGACCGCGCCACCAACGUCGCCGACCCCUUCAUGGUGGCGCUGCCGUAUACGCUACCAGAACCUUAGUGACCUUUAUUUCGAAAUUUUAGACUAUUCUGCGAAUGUUAUGAUAGACAUAUUUAUUUUUUAUGAUUGAUCUUAAUGGUCUUUCCUGAAAGUAGUUCAUAACUGAUAAUUUAUUAUUGGGUUGGUGAAAAUUUAUUGGGAUUUAAAAAUGUCUCAAUUGUUCUUAUACUUGAUUAUAUCGACGAGUGCUUGUACAAUACUGCUAUUAUCGGUUCUGGUAGCGAGACGGAUGCGAUCUUUACCCAAUCUUAGAUGACAUUAAUACGGGACACGAUUAAUAUGAAAUAAUAAACGAUUU